UGUCAAUUAGUUCAUUUGAUCGUUUUUAUUCUGCACAAAAGUCAUCUGCUAGUUAAUUGUUACCUUAUCUCAGAAGGAAAAAUGAAAACACAGACCCAGGCAGAGAUGGGUAUCCAUUUUCCUUCCUGGAGAAUUAUCCUUUAUCUUCUACUUGUUUUACUGUUAGUUUGUUUGAAAGAAGCGGCUGGUGAUUUGCAAGAAAGUUCAAAGCACAGCCAUCUACUGAUGAGGAGUAGCCGUAAUAUUGACCAUCAGAUGCAUCACAUGGAUCCUUCAGUCCAUGUUUUCUUCACUGUAGAUGAUCUAAAAGCUGGUAAAAAAUUUCCAAUCUACUUCCCUUACAAAGACCAUUCAGCUUCUCCCCAUUUGCUAUCUAGAGAAGAAGCCAAUUCCAUUCCUUUCUCUUCAUCUCAACUCCCUCACCUUCUUGAACUUUUCUCAGUCCCCAAACACUCCCCUCAAGCCAAAGCCAUGGAAUACACUCUAAGGCUCUGUGAUUUUGAACCCACAAAAGAAGAGACCAAGAUAUGUGCUACGUCCUUAGAAUCCGUGCUUGAUUUUGUACGUGCCGUCUUUGGAUUGGAUACCCAGUUCAAAGUUUUAACUACUAAUCAUCUCACGAACCCAGUUACACAGUUACAAAACUAUACCGUUUUGGAAGAGCCAAAAGUGAUUGUGGCAGACAAAAUCGUAGGAUGUCAUGUAAUGCCUUAUCCGUACGCGGUUUACUAUUGCCAUAAAGCAGAAGGUGGAGACAGGCUGUUUGAGAUGUUAUUGGGUGGUGAAGACGGAGAGAGAGUGGAAGCUCCUGGGAUUUGUCAUAUGGACACCUCUCAUUGGGACAGGGAUCAUGUGUCGUUUCGUGUCCUGAAAAUGGAGCCUGGAACUUCCCCAGUUUGCCAUUUCUUCCCUGCAAGUAACUUAGUUUGGGUGCCUUUGUCUGCUUGAUUAAUGUAAUGUUUUUGUCCUGUUUAAUAUCUUGUGAGAAAUAAUUUCAAAACUUUAUAU